UGUAAUGUAUUACAUACGAAACCGGAAGCUAUUAAAUGUUUGCGACGAAUUAAUGUAUUGAGACAUUUAAGUGUAAAGGUUGACAUAGAGAUAACGUUUAUUGUAACUGUAGUUGAACUUAUAAGGAAAAGUAUGGCAACUCAUGAUCACGAAGAUCCAAAUGUUGACGAUAAAGUUGAUUCAAAUGAAGAUGAAAAUGAGGAAAAGUCAUGUAUGUUUGCUUCCGUCCGUGGACAUCUGUCUUCAAAACCUUCCCGUGAAAACAGCAGACGGUCAAUAUCAAGUUCAGUUCUAACUGUCGAAGGAUCUCGGAGUAAAAAAGGCGAUGUCUGUCACGAAAUGGCGGACGAAACAAAUCAUUUACCCUGGAUUGGUACAGAAAGUAGAACGGAGGUAAACUUAAGCAAUGACAAUAUAGCAGAACAAUGCUUAAAGUGCAAAACAAAAGUAUCAACCCAUUUCUGCCGAAGCUGCAGCGAAGAACGUCAAUAUAUGUGCUAUGUUUGUCUAAAAGAUCACAACUAUUGGUUUGAUGACCAUGAUGUUGUCACAUUAUCUGUGGAAAGUGAAGGAAAUUUACGACUACAAGCGGACAAACUCCGAACACUUAAAACGUCCGAAAUGCCACAACUACCUUCGAAGGUUCACAAGGAUGAUGAUCAGAAGAAAGGAACACAUAUGUUUAAAGACAUGUCAGCUAUAUCAACAGGCGGAAGUGAUAGUCGAAAAACUUUCAACCAAGGUAAUCAACUUGUUAGCAAAGGUUUUUACAAGGACAAUUACUAUCUAGGCAUAGCACAAGAAUUAAGAACACAGCAGCAGCGAUGUAAAUCUGAGGGUAAACUUCAAAAGUACGGAAUGUAUUCAACACAAAUUCGUUCUGAUUCAAAGGCUUGUGCUAUUACAGGAAUAGUACAGCUGGACAAUAAAAAACUGCUACUAGCUGACUCUGAAAACUGUGAACUCAAAAUAAUGAAUGAAGAAACUUUAAACAUUAUUGUUUCUCACAGAUUACCCAGUAAUCCAUACUUGAUGCGCUUCGUUAAAGAAAACAAGGUUAUCAUCGCAUGUAUAAAUGUAUAA